AUGCCCGCUGCAGGUGUCACCGUCAGCGGCACCGAUGCUCAGUCUACACCCCCUGCAACUCCGUCCAAUCCACCGCAACCCGUUACGGACGCCCCCGAUACCACAGCCACCGAGGCAGAGGAAAACACAAAGUUACAGAGAGAUGUGAAAGAGAAUAAGGAAGAAAAUGCUCAGGUUUCGAAAGAGAUACAAGCCUUUGACGAUUUUGGCCUCCCCAUUCGAAUACGCUCGAAACCUGAACAGCUGCCUAACGGCUCCUCCGAGAAUGCCGACGAACGCCCCGAAGCCCAAGAAUUCCAGCCCCCAGCCGGUGCACCAAAUAUAAACUCCGAAACACAGCCGAAACAAGAAACAGUGGAGGAAAAGGUAGCCGAGGCGACUCCGGAACCUAAAGCUGGAGCUGAGACUGGAACUAUCGGUGUGGCAGAAGAACCAGCACCGUCGGACACCAAGGCAGGAUCCCAAGAUGACAUUCCGCAGGUAGAGAAGCCUGCCGAAGGAGCUUUGGCUGAAUCUGCGCUACCUCGAACCUCAUUGUCCAAACCCAGGAAGGGCGAGAUCUCAGAAUGGUCACACAUGCGUUUGGCUCAACCCGUGGAGGCGAAUGACGAGAGCGAUGAAGAAGAGGAACCUGAAGAUUGGCAAGCAAUGCCUGCCCUUGGAGAAUUCGACUAUUAUGACGACUAUGGAAGAUUGAUCGCUCGUGGUGCUCAGGAGGAGGACGACGAAGCUGUAUACCAAGGGCUAGGUGGCGCUGGGAAAGGCUACACUCGAGUUCAGCUGGAUGAAGAUGCCCAGUCUGCCACGAGUAUGGAUGAGGACACAAGUUACCUCUUUCGAGAGACUGGGGGCAACCAGGCUGGCCUUGAAGGUGAAGAACUUCGUGAUACUAUAGGCCAGCUACAGGCCACCAAGGAUUUCCUCAACGAGACACAAAAAAUCGCAUACGUCGGUGUGGUCAGGCUGGCGAUACAUAAAAUGAAUAUGGAACUGGCUGAGAUGCCAACCACCAAGGGUACACGCAAGGCGCUGCAGAUAGCCCGCGAUAACAUGAGGAAGUGGGGACAGGCAAUGAUGGGACGGUUAUAUGCUCAUAUGGAUAUCAACACCGCCGAGCAGAUCAUGAUUGAACAACUCGCUGGGCAUGGUGUCCAACCCGAGGAUCUUAUUCGGCCCCUUAUGCAAAACGCGCGAGUCAAGAACCCCAUGGCCGAGAGUGAUGGCCGACCGUCAGCUUCUUCGGUCUCGACUCCUACAUCCAAAUCAGAUCCACGAAACAGAUUCUCUUCUGAAACUGCAAGCUCAUCUGCACCAGGCUCCCCACCUCCAUAUGAGGCCCACGAAGGCGAGGGGAUCGUCCCCGAAGUCCAAACACCAUCUCAAAUGCCGACAUCUGAUCGAAUCGACAUUGAUCUUCGCUGGACAGUUCUAUGUGAUUUGUUCCUCGUGCUCAUUGCCGACUCCGCUUACGAUGCCCGAUCACGAACUUUGCUAGAAAGAGUUGGGGCAUCCAUGGACGUGACGUGGUUACAAAUCUCUCGAUUUGAGAAGCGAGUGACGGAUGCCCUUGAAAUGCAAGAACAAGCAGAUAAAGAGAACUGGGAUGAAACAGAGCACAUGGAGAAACGUCGGCAGAUGUCUCAAAAGCGCAAAUAUAUGCUCAUGGGCUUGGCGACCGUCGGUGGUGGACUGGUCAUUGGCCUCUCCGCUGGACUGCUAGCUCCUGUGAUCGGAGCCGGUCUUGCUGCAGGUUUGACAACCGUGGGCAUUUCCGGCACCAGUGCGUUCUUGGGAGGUGUGGGUGGCACUGCCUUGAUUGCCUCCGGUGCUAGUGUGGGUGGAAGUGUCAUCGGCCUAAAGGCUUCACAUCGGCGCACAGGAGCGGUUCAGACCUUUGAAUACCGCCCUCUUCACAAUAAUAAGAAGCUUAAUCUUAUUGUGACCGUCUCCGGUUGGAUGACCGGCAAGGUCGAUGACGUCCGACUCCCAUACAGUACCGUUGACCCGAUCAUGGGUGAUAUUUAUUCCGUUCUCUGGGAACCUGAGAUGCUUCGCAGCAUGGGUGACACAAUUAACAUUCUUGCGACAGAGGCACUGGCCACUGGUCUCCAACAAGUACUUGGUAGCACUGUUCUGAUGGCUCUGAUGGCCUCUUUACAACUGCCACUUGUUCUUACCAAACUCGCCUAUCUAAUUGAUAAUCCUUGGAAUGUGUCCCUAUCUCGGGCUCAUUUUGCUGGUUUGAUUAUGGCGGAUUCUUUGCAGGACCGGAACCUUGGAAGCCGACCCAUUACGUUACUCGGUUUCUCAUUGGGUGCAAGGGUCAUCUUCUCUUGUCUCAAGGAGCUUUCGGACAAGGGGGCCCAUGGACUCAUUCAGAACGUCUAUCUCUUUGGAUCUCCAAUCGUGGCCAGUAAGGAUGAUUAUCUGAAAGCCCGCAGUGUCGUGUCUGGUCGAUUUGUAAAUGGAUACUCUAAAAAUGACUGGAUUCUUGGGUACCUCUUCCGGGCCACCAGUGGUGGCAUCAUGCGCGUAUCCGGUCUCGCGCCCAUUGAAGGUGUUCCCGGAAUUGAAAGCUUCGAUCUGACCGAGCUUGUGAAUGGCCACAUGGACUAUCGAGCCGCCAUGCCUCGUCUUCUGCGAGAGGUUGGCUGGGAGGUUUUGGAGGAUGAAUUCGCUGAGAUCGAAGACCCUGACCCUGACAGCCACGCUGAGCGACAGAGAGAGUUGAUCCGCGAGAUUGACGAAGCUCGUCGAGAAGCCGAGCAGAAGCCAGAGAAGAAGCGCUUCGGUCUCUUCAAACGAGGCAAGAUGGCGGAGAAGAAGGCUUGGGAGACUUAUGAUGUUGACCGUAACUCACCACUCCGUGGCGCAACCGACCCUGGCAGCGCCCCGGGCACGGUCCUUUUUGAUAUCGAAGCUAUCCGGUCUGAACUAGCAUCCGAGGCCAUCGAAGUCAAGCAGUUGGAAUCCACCUUACCUCCAAUGAAGCUCGAUUUGAAUCCCCAGCCUCAGCCCCCUCCGCCCGUGACACCCAAAGAGGAAGAAUCUAAGGCCGAAACGUAUGAGGCACCCCCUGUUACUCGAACAGCAUCGGAGCCUCGACUAAAUACAAUGCCUCACGCCACUCAUGAAUCUGAGCCGUACAAGGAAGAUGAGCUUGAAAUGACCUUUGAUACCUCGUAUCAUGAACCACCACCACCACAGUACUCCUUCAAUAACCUCACGCGCCCAGAAUUGCGAUCUACCGCCAGUUUGCCCAACAACAAUGUUAAUGGCAGUGCGGUUGGGGCGAUGGCGUUGGAGCAUAAUGCCUGGGCCGACGACCAUGACGGGGGAUUCUCCAUGACAUUUGAGUAA